AAAAUCGCCAUUACUCGCCUGCUCCCCAUCGCUCAACAGUCGCUCACGAUCGAACGCGAGAAACAAACAAAAACAGGUCCGCCGGGGGCCUCGCCAUGCGCAAUGGAGCAGAUUGAUGCGCAGGUCAGCGACUUGCGCUACUUGACCCAAGCAGCCGUUCCUCUGCCGCCUGACCGCGCUGCCAAUGCCGCCGCUUAUUCUCCACACAAUCACUCUGUCCAUUCCCCCCUUUCCGCGACCCCCGGAGACAAUUCCGCACAACAACCAGGGGCCUCCAGAGGUGCAACUCAAGUUGGAACGCCUGGCUCAAGCUCCGUUACUGGUUCCAAGAGGAAGUCAGAGGAUGAGAGCAAUGCUGCUAAGCAGCAGAGAAGCAAGAGGAACCGGUACAUAUCCAUUGCCUGUAACGAAUGCAAAAGACGCAAAAUCAAAUGCAAUGGCGAAACUCCCUGCCAACGAUGUGGCAAUCUCAACCUGCAGUGCCUCUAUGCCCCGAAUUGCUGCUCCAACAGCUUCAAGGACUCGGACGAGUACAAGACCAUGACGGAGCAGAUGGCCCGCUUGCAAGAGCAGGUCGAUAACCUCUAUCAGAACAUGAAUACCCUCCGUUCCGAAACCCUGCGUCUGGCGCCCAUCCAGGACAAAGUAUUGCCUUUCCCCUCAAGCACAGUUCAGGCCUCCCCGGCGAGCUCGCUGUCUCCUCUCCACCGGCCUGAGUUGACCCAAACGAAGCAGGCAACUUUCCGUGGCCCCACAAGUAUGGCUUACAGUCUGGACAUCGCCAACACUACCAUUCACAAUAUGGGUUACAAGGGCAUUGGGGAGGAUGAACAAGGCACGCCCCUGGGCAUACCCGAGGACAGUCCUUUCCGCAUGCCUCCUCAAGAAAGCCAAAUUGACCCUUUAUGGGACUUUGGCAAGGACGAGAUGAUUCGCUUGUGUCGACUACAUGACGAAGAGGUCGGCAUCAUGUAUCCUGUCAUCAAGAUACCAUCAGUCAUUGAGCAUGUCCGUCACCUGACGGCUUACAUGGAAUCAGCCCGAAAGCAGGGCAUCACACCAAAUCUCAACGAUGACAAGACAUUGCAGCUCAAGAUCGUCAUGAGCUGCGCUCUUGUGGUGGAAGAGCACGGGCACAGCGAGAAAGCGUGCAAGCUGAUUGACAGCAUGGACGCCGUCCUCAACCGAAAGCUCAUGGUCGAGGCGGUCGACUUUGUGAGUCUUCCAGCUCUAUGUCUUCUCGCUGGAUAUAGAUUCUUGGCCAACGAGGAAAUCCUGGCAUGGCGCGUGAUGGGCCAAGUCACUAGACUGUGUUUGGAGAUGGGCAUCCACAGAACAACCGGCAUCGCGAAAAUCAAGAACGAAGAGGAUAGGAAGAAUGCGUUGAAUAGUUUCUGGUCGGCCUACGUUCUGGAUCGGCGGUGGGCUUUCAACACUGGCCUACCCUUCGUCGUUCCCGAUGAAGAGAUUGACCCAGAACUACCUAUGCCUGAAGAAUAUCCGUACUUGGUUGCCAUGAUCAGCUACUCGAGGUUGGGAGCCAAGGUCUGGCGUCAAGUCACAGACUUUGGCCCUGUCCUAGCUCGUGAGCUCCGUCACGAAGACAUGGAGCAGUUAGACCAAGAGAUCCUUCAAUGGUAUGAGAACGUACCAGAGGAAGUCAAACUACGUAAUUGGGACAAGGAGAAGCAAAUGACGUCGACUCCGUCGUAUAACCUUCAACGCCUGCGCAUUUGGACAUAUUUGCGGUUCAACCAGAUCCGCAUCUGGCUGUAUACACCAAUUCUGCAUAGCGCAACUAGCAUCAUGGGCCACUUUGCCCAAGCUCAGCGUGUAGUUGAUCUCGCGAAAGACACGAUCCGCUAUCUAAGUCAUCUCAACAACACCACGAACUUGUAUCGUAAGAUACAAGUAUUCUAUCACCAAUUCCUGACAUCGGCAAUCUCUGUUCUCUUCCUGGCUUCUGUCCAUGCACCCGUGAGGUUCAGCUCCACGUGCCGAGAAGAGUUCUACAUGGCCCUGGAGCUUGUCAAGGAUCUUUCUGCCAAAAGUUGGGUAUCCCAGCGGCUAUGGCGUACCAUCAGUUCGCUCAAAGAAGUUGCACCAAGCAUUGGUCUUCGCAACUUGCCAGAUGAAGAUGCGCACAGCUCCGCGGCUCUGACGAUGGCUGGACUCGCGAGUGGCGGACGCAUGCCAAACAGCCCGGCGGGGAUUGCGCCUUUCGGACGCCCAUCGACAACGCCAACGAUACCCCAACAGCAAACACCAAACUUGGACACGGCCCCAUCUCCAAACAACGGAGUCCGCAUUCAAAACGAGAUGAGUCGCAUUUUUGAGGGAUACUUGGGGCUCAAUGGCUUCGCAUCCAACGGGGAGGAUGGUUUCGGUGGCCAGUCCGAUGCCAGCAUGCCGCCGACCACUGCUGUAUCGAACCCAUACGUCGACAACGUCUUCAACCACUUUAGGGAAAUGUUCUAGUGUCUAUCGAGCAGUUCCUUCACAUCCCAUUUUUAGUGGAUCUGUUGAUUUAAUGUAUCUAGCGGAGACUUAGCGCCUGCUUCCAUAUCUACGCUGUACAUAUUGCAUUGCAUCAAUACCAGCUCAUUCUUCAACUUUUUUCUCAAUCCUCUUGGCUAACCACAGCUAUCACAAGCCGAACCACUUCAAGUCCUGAUCCUCCUGAACCGGGACAGUAUGCCCGAC